UUACACAGCAAGAAAAGCCAGUUAUAUCCACAAAUUAAGAAAAAAAUAAUAAUAAUACUGUUUAACAGCUCGUAGAGCCGAGGAAACCAGGGGGAGAAAAAUUCGAGUCGAGCAAUGUCUUGGAACUGGAAUAGCCAUGGACUGCCAUUUUUGCCAGGAUACACUUUUCGGGAUGUAACGAAGUCAUCCUUCCAUCGGCCCCAGACACUGGACUACAAGAAUGGCUAUGCUCUGCCCCAUCGCCCCGCUGUUGCCAUUGGACAGGAUCCUCUUUUAUCGGAGCAGUUGCUCCAGCAGGAGAUCAGUGAGUUGUCCUUUGAUACACCGGACAUUACUCAUGGCUCCCUUGACGAGGGCCUGUCUGAAGACUUCAUUCCAGCUCACGUGGCCCUUGACAAGAAGGUGCUGCGCUUCUAUGCAUACUUUGAGGAGGAUAUCUUGUAUUCCCCUGAAGAGGCGUACCGCGUGCGCCCUGUGGUAAUUUACUACUACCUAGAGGAUGACAGUAUGUGCAUCAUUGAGCCCAUGGUGGAGAACUCUGGGAUACCGCAGGGAAAACGGAUUAAGCGGCAGCGUCUGCCCAAGAACGAACGUGGAGAGCAUUACCAGUGGAAAGACCUCAACCUUGGCAUGGACCUGGAGGUGUAUGGGGUCAAGUACCACAUCACACAUUGUGAUGUUUUUACAAAGGGAUUCAUGGAAAGUGAGGGCAUGGUUCUGAACGACCCUGAGCCGACGCCAGUGGAUCCUUACAGCAAACGUCGCGAAAUCCCGCAGCCUUACUACAAAACGCCCUCUGAAUUCGACCGCAUGCGCCAGUUUCUCACCAUGGACCGCAAGGUGCUGCGUUUCUUUGCCCUGUGGGAUUAUGCCGACUCUCUGUACGGGGAAACUAAGCCUGUUACCAUCCAGUAUUACCUGGUGGACGACACUGUGGAGGUCAGAGAGGUCCACGAACCCAACAGCGGUCGGGAUCCCUUCCCUGUCCUGAUGCGCAGACAGAGGCUGCCCAAAAAAUUCAAACCACAAACCUUCCCCAGCUGUGUGCUGGAGAUCUCAGAAGAGGAAGUGGAAGAGUACUACUCACCCAAAGACUUCCAGGUGGGUCAAACGAUGAAGCUGCUGGGCCGUCGUUUUUUGCUGUAUGACUGUGAUAGCUUCACUAAAGCGUAUUUCCAGAAGAACCACCCUGACGUGGAGAUGAAACCAGUUGAAGUACCAAAGAAGGUUGACAUUUUUCAGGACAAGAAGAAGGAGGUUCCUCCGUACAAUGGCUUUGGUUCACUUGAAGAUUCCCUCCAAAAUUGCUUGUCUCUAAUUCCUGAGCCUCCCAAAAAGAAUGUGCUAAAGAUGCUGGAGAACGACCACAAAGUUUUGCGCUAUAGUGCCAGGCUGGACUCCCAGAAUCCUGAAGAUGAAGGCCGACGUUUCAUUCUUUCCUACUUCCUGUCCAAUGACAUGAUCGGCAUUUUUGAAAAGCCCACUCGCAACUCUGGUAUCAUCGGUGGCAAGUUCCUCGAAAAGACGCGCAUCCCCAAGCCAGGCUCUGCAGUGGAAAAUCCUGAGUUCUACUCUCCUGCAGACUUUGCUAUUGGAGCCACCGUGGAGGUUUUCAGCCACCGCUUUGUGUUGACCAAUGCUGACCACUAUGUGCUUGCAUAUCUGGAGUCCAACUCAAGCCAGAUCCCUUCGCAGACGCUGGAUUCUUUGCGGCAGAAACUGGGUGUGGGGUCAGCAAGUAACCAGCCAGGUGACCAAAACGGUGAUGAAGUCGCAGAGCCAUCUUCAUGAGGCCAGGGAAGGCUACAUUACCAAGUGUUGUUCUCUGCUCAAUAAAUCGAGGUUGAAUCAAAGCCUUUGCAGAA